UUCUAUUUUUACAAGAUCGAUCGAUCGAUCGAUCGAUCCAUCACUUAGCUUGUACUUCUAUCAUAUCAUAUAUAAUAUACUAUCGAUCUCCAAAAGUAAAUACAACAACUGAAAUGGGAAGCAGCUAUGUUGUUAGCACUAGUGCAGAAAAGCUAGAUCGGAAAACACUGGAAAAGAACAGAAGAAUCAAAAUGAAGCUUCUUUGUUCUAAGCUUUUUUCUCUCCUAAGUCCUCCCCACCACCAUCAGUCUACUAAGGAGGUGCUGACACAACAAGACCAAGUUGAUCAAGCAAUUACUUACAUUGAGGAAUUAAAAGAAAUAGUAGAGGUAUUAAAGAGAAGGAAGGAAGAGCUAGCGCAAGGCACAGGUGAUCAAUCAAAGAAAUUCAUGCCUACAACAGCUUAUACUUCUGUAAAAACACCUAUGGUUGAAGUUAGAGAGUUGGGUUCAACUCUAGAGGUGAUUUUAACUUGUGGUUUGCAAAAGAACUUCACAGUGCAAGAGGUUAUAAAAAUCAUAGAGGAAGAAGGAGCUCAAGUUGUGACCGCUGAUUAUUCAACAAUUGGAGAUACAAUUUAUUAUACGAUCCAUGCUCAGGUGAAAAUUACGAGAUUAGGGAUUGAUGCAUCAAGUGUCCAUUUGAGAUUACAAAUGCUGGUUUCCUAAAUUUACUUUUACGUAGCAGUAUAUGAAACAAUUCAUACUUUUUUUUUGUUCUCAUCUGGUGUUUGACUAAUCCGGAUUCGCGCUGCGUAGUGCCCUAUUCGGGGGAAGCGCUCCUGAUUUUUUCAUACCCAAAACACGAACCUGAGACCUUUAAUGCACCACAUGGUUGAAACAAUUCAUACUACUCAUAUACUUUAUGACAAAAAACAUAGAAUGUUGUAUUACAAUCAUACUGUUUCUUUUGUUCGUUAUUCAAAGUUGGCAUUCUUA